GACAGAAUCUGAACUCUCCUCCCAAACGACAAUGGGUUGCUGCGGAGACGAAGAAAACGACGACGACAUCCACAAUCCUCUCAACGCCGGCGCCGACACCACCUCCACCCAGACCCUCGGCGAAUACUCCGACUCUACCACCACCAUAUCCCCGAUGAACUCUCACUUCUCGGCCUUGACUUGCCGCGACACCCUCCGCCUCAUCUUCGAGAAGCUCCCGAUUCCCGACCUCGCUCGCUCCAGCUGCGUCUGCCGGGUCUGGAAUUCCGUGGCCUCCGAUCAGGAGAUCGUCGAUAAAGCCUUCAAGUCCCCUUGGAAUCUGAAGGAGGUGAUUGGAAAGCCCUCGUCUUUAAGCUUCUGGAGGGACAAUUCGAUCGGAAAAUUCGCCAUCUCGCACCGGAUUGUCCGCGGCGACAGCGUCGCCAGCCUCGCCGUCAAGUAUUCCGUUCAGGUGAUGGACAUAAAACGAUUGAACAACAUGAUGAGCGAGCACGGAAUAUACUCUCGGGAGAGAUUGCUGAUUCCGAUAAGCAACGCGGAGAUGCUUUCGGAUGCAACCUGCUAUGUAGAAGUGGAUAGUUAUGCAAAGAGAGAAGUGGCUGUGUUGUAUUUGGAAGGCGGCCCCGACCCGAAAACCAUCGGCGGCAGCAGCUCUUCAUGCUCUGUCUUGCAGACCAAGAAAAGAGUGGUUGAAUCGCUGAGGAGAAGUCUGCAAGUAGAUGAUGCAACUGUGAACUACUACUUGUCCAUUGCCGGCGGCGAUCCAAGAGCUGCUAUCUCUCAGUUCUCCCAGGACCUUAGGUGGGAGACCCACACUCACCUCGGCUUUGUUUAGGGCUCAUCCAGGACUGCUUCUGUCAUAAGCGCUUCUGCCAAGUGAAUUUCAACUUGUAAUGCUUGUUCUAUCAGCCAAUGAAUCAAAUUCAAAUGUGUGCAAGUCCUGUUAUUUGUAAUUGUAAUAUUGGCACAAAGCCUUUGGAUUUAAAUAGAGAAUCCUGUUCAUCA